UCCAGGCCUGGCGCCUGUGGUCGGGGGACCGUGCGCCACGGACCGGGGAGCUCUCAGGCGGGCGCACCCGCGGCUCCGAGCGCCCGGAAGAAGCGGAGCAUUGUGGGAAGAGCCCGCGGUUUCGGCGGGUUCCGUUAAAAUGGCGGCGGCGGCGUCGCCGGCCUUGCCCGCGGGGCCGUAGCCUGUCUGGGGCGCCGAGACCCCGCGCGGCGUGGGGCCGGGCGGCCGAGGCCGGGGCUCUGCAGGGCCCCCGAGGGCCGUCCCGGGGGAGGAUGGCGACCCCGGACCAGAAGUCGCCGAACGUCCUGCUGCAGAACCUGUGCUGCCGGAUCUUGGGCAGGAGCGAAGCUGAUGUAGCCCAGCAGUUCCAGUACGCUGUGCGAGUUAUUGGCAGCAACUUUGCCCCAACUGUUGAAAGAGAUGAAUUUCUUGUAGCUGAAAAAAUCAAGAAAGAACUUAUCCGUCAGAGAAGAGAAGCGGAUGCUGCGUUAUUUUCAGAGCUGCACAGAAAGUUGCAUUCACAGGGAGUUUUGAAAAAUAAAUGGUCAAUUCUCUACCUCUUGCUAAGCCUUAGUGAAGAUCCGCGCAAGCAGCCGAACAAGGUUUCUAGCUAUGCUGCAUUAUUCGCUCAAGCAUUACCAAGAGAUGCUCACUCGACUCCCUACUACUACGCCAGGCCUCAGACGCUCCCGCUUAACUACCAGGACCGCAGCACCCAGUCGACCCAGAGCGCUGGUAGCAUGGGAAGCAGUGGCGUCAGUAGCAUAAGUGUGUACACCUUAAAUGGCCCGACCCCAACGCCGCAGUCUCUCCUUCCAGGACAGCCUCAUCAUGCUCCUGGAGUGGGAGACUGUCUUCGGCAGCAGUUGGGGUCACGUCUUGCAUGGACUUUAACUACAAACCAGCCUUCUUCACAAAUCACUACCUCAAAAGGUAUCCCAAACACUGUUUCUCGCAACGUGACAAGACCAAGGAGGGAAGGGGAUGCAGGUGGUGCUGGGGAAGUGACUGAAGCAGCCCUGGUCAGAGACAUUUUGUACGUCUUCCAGGGCAUAGAUGGCAAGAACAUCAAGAUGAGCACCUCGGAGAACUGUUACAAAGUGGAGGCCAAGGCAAACCUAAGUAAAUCUUUGAGGGAUACGGCAGUCAGACUUGCUGAAUUGGGAUGGUUACAUAAUAAAAUCCGAAAAUACACUGAUCAGAGGAGCCUGGACCGUUCAUUUGGACUUGUGGGUCAGAGUUUUUGUGCUGCCUUGCAUCAGGAACUAAAAGAGUACUACCGAUUGCUCUCUGUUUUACAUUCCCAGCUACAGUUAGAAGAUGAUCAGGGUGUGAAUUUGGGCCUUGAGAAUAGCUUGACCCUCCGGCGCCUCCUGGUUUGGACUUACGACCCCAAGAUAAGACUGAAGACUCUUGCGGCCCUGGUGGACCACUGCCAAGGAAGGAAGGGGGGUGAGCUGGCCUCUGCCGUGCACGCAUACACGAAGACGGGGGACCCAUAUGUGAGGUCGCUGGUGCAGCACAUCCUCAGCUUGGUGUCACACCCCGUGCUGAGUUUCCUGUACCGCUGGAUCUAUGAUGGGGAGCUCGAGGACACGUACCAUGAAUUCUUUGUAGCCUCAGAUCCAGCAGUUAAAACAGACCGGCUAUGGCAGGACAAGUACACCUUACGGAAAUCGAUGAUCCCUUCCUUUAUUACAAUGGAUCAGUCCAGGAAGGUCCUCUUGAUAGGAAAAUCAAUAAAUUUCCUGCACCAGGUUUGUCAUGACCAGACGCCCACUACGAAGAUGAUAGCUGUGACCCAGUCUGCGGACUCACCCCAGGAUGCUGCAGAUGUGUUCACAGAUUUGGAGAACGCAUUUCGGGGGAAAAUUGAUGCGGCCUAUUUUGAGACCAGCAAGUACCUAUUGGAUGUUCUGAACAGAAAGUACAGCCUCCUGGACCACAUGCAGGCGGUCAGGCGGUACCUGCUUCUUGGCCAGGGGGAUUUCAUAAGGCACCUAAUGGAUUUGCUCAAACCAGAACUUGUCCGUCCAGCUACAACUUUGUAUCAACACAACUUGACUGGAAUUCUCGAAACUGCUGUCAGAGCCACCAAUGCCCAGUUUGACAGCCCCGAGAUCCUCAAGAGAUUGGACGUGAGGCUCCUAGAGGUCUCUCCAGGUGAUACCGGGUGGGACGUGUUCAGCCUGGACUACCACGUCGAUGGGCCAAUUGCAACGGUAUUUACCCGAGAGUGUAUGAGCCACUACCUGAGAGUAUUUAACUUCCUCUGGAGGGCCAAGCGGAUGGAAUACAUCCUUACUGACAUUCGAAAGGGACAUAUGUGCAAUGCAAAGCUCCUGAGAAAUAUGCCAGAGUUCUCUGGGGUGCUGCACCACUGUCACAUUCUGGCAUCUGAGAUGGUCCACUUCAUUCACCAAAUGCAGUAUUACAUUACAUUUGAGGUGCUUGAAUGUUCUUGGGAUGAACUUUGGAACAAGGUGCAACAGGCCCAAGACUUGGACCAUAUCAUCGCGGCACAUGAGGUGUUCCUGGACACCAUCAUCUCCCGCUGUCUGCUGGACACCGACUCCAGAGCACUUUUAAAUCAACUUAGAGCUGUGUUUGAUCAAAUCAUUGAACUUCAGAACACUCAGGAUGCAAUAUACAGAGCUGCCCUGGAAGAGCUACAGAGACGAUUACAGUUUGAAGAGAAAAAGAAACAGCAUGAGAUUGAGGGCCGGUGGGGAGUGACAGCAGCAGAGGAGGAGGAGGAGAAUAAGAGGAUUCAAGAAUUUCGAGAAUCUAUACCGAAAAUGUGCUCACAGCUGCGGAUUUUGACACAUUUCUACCAGGGCAUCGUGCAGCAGUUUCUGGUGUUGCUGACAACCAGCUCUGAUGAAAGUCUUCGGUUUCUUAGCUUCAGGUUGGACUUUAAUGAGCAUUACGAAGCCAGAGAGCCAAGGCUCCGAGUGUCUCUGGGCUCUCGAGGGCGGCGCGGCUCCCACACGUGAACCCUUCUGUGUCCUCACAGGGAUCUAUGGACGCUACUACUUGCAUUAUGAGACAUAAACAUUCACAUUUAAAUCCUCAAGGCCACUGGCAUGCUACAGACGCCUACUGUUCCUGCCCACAAGUACUUCAGUGUUUUCAAUGGCAUGGCGUCUGAUAGAAUCAAAGUCAUGUUUUUAUACAUUGGAAAGUUGAAUAUAUUUGUAAUAUCACUAAGUUAAAUAGGCUGGUUUGCACUAUUCAAAUUUAUUUUUUAAAGUCUUCAUAUUUAAGAGAUACCACACUUUGUUGAGGCUUCAUAAGCUCUCCAUGAUAUAAUUUAUAUUUGUCAUUUUUUAAGAAAUCACAGUUGCUUUUAGAGGAAAUUAGAGCGAAUGGAUGUUCAUCAGUUAAGAUGGUAAUGUCAUUGCUAUUUUUUUAACAUCCUCCUUAGAGGCAGUUUUUGUUAUAUAAUCAAAUUAAAUUGAAACAGAAUGUCCCUUCUAAGAAAAUAUAUAGAGCAUUUUAUUUUGGUUUGUAGUGUGUAAAAUAUUAACCUCUGUAAGAACCUUUACACGUUUAUCUUUCUUUCAAAGUUUACAUUUUUAUAUUUAAUUUACUCUUUCCGAUAACUUCUAAAAUUAGUGUAGAGCCUACAUAGGGGUCAUGAACAGAAGACCCAGAAGCCUCCAUUUCUUGAUCUGUUGGCUGAAGUGAUAUGUAAAUAGGGACGACUACAAAGUUAAUGAACUAUUUUAUUUUCAAAUUCUGAUAAGCAUUGGAAAGAAACUGACUUGAAUAAUGAAGAUUUCCUUUUUCCUUGCCUAUUUUUUCAUUGUAAAUAUUUAUAUACUACUGACCAGAUGUGGGGGAAACUGUUUUUUGUAAAAAUGUCAUAUCAAGUCACAUAAAUCUGCCUUUAUGGUGUUGCAUAAGUGAAACUUAUAGAAUUAAAAGCAAUUAUCUUUCA